AUUGGGCUUCGCAAGUUGGCCAGGUCGCACGCUGCCUGCCUAGCGCUCAGUUUAGAAUCCUUGUUGCCGGCGUGGGAAACGCGUGUCCCAAGCAGCCAGAAUACAGGAAUCGAACCGUCGAAAACACAAGUAAGGUUUAUUAGCCUCUAUCCUUCAACAAUUUUGGCUGCGGGGCUUGAGUCAGUGUGUGUGGUAUUUUUUUUUUGCUGUUCUGGUGUGGCGACCACCGCUUAUUUUCUUCGGAGUCGCCCCAGACUGAGGCAAACCAGAGUACAGUAAUCCAUAAGUGAAACAAAAGGCGAGUCCUUUUCGUCGGGUGCCAAUUUUUUGUGUUUCCGGGUUGCGUUCCGUGCUUUAAGUUACGUGCGUGCGAUUUACAGUGAGCCUGCAGUCGAGCAUGGCUAUGGCGGCUAUGGCGGCUAUGGCGGCUAAGGAACGCCGACCCCACCACCUGCCGCUGGUUCUAGUACUGGCCCUGAGUGUGGCUCUGGAUCUGGCACUGCCCGCCGGGGGAGCCGGAAAUGAUGUUAUUUCCUCGACGAAAGCAGAGUCGGAGCACGGUCUGAUGCAGCUCGACCAGGACAUCGAAGAUGCAGCGGAUACCAGCGACCAGUCCCGCCAGCCGAGACCACACAAAAAUAUUGACUAUGACGCCUACGCGAACGAUUUCAAUUUUCAAGAAGAGGCCUCCAUACCGGAGGACAUAUUUGACCAGCACGAUGGCGACAUUGAAGUUACCGACUCCCAGCUGCAUUAUGCCCCAGCCGCCCUAGCUUCCCCAGCCGCCACUGAUGCAACCGCUGGCGACGAUGAUGAAGCCAGAGAUGCUGAAGAUGCGAUCGAGGCUGUGUGGAGCGAUGUGGAUGGUUCACCCCUAUGGUAUGAGGACCAGAACGAGGACGAGGAGAAUGAUGCAUCCGAGGCAGCCGAUAUAAUACUUGAAUCGCAAUGGCCCACUACGAAAAACUGUACUGCUUACCUAGACGCAAAAGAAAUGUUCAUAAAGUACCAGAAUGGUAACAGCAAGAAGAAGUUUGCGGAACAGAAGCAAAAUAAAGGUAACUACAUCUACAAAUUGGUGAACAAUAAGGAGAGCCAGCCGCCGAAAAGAUUACCCGAUGAAAAUGAAGGGGCAGCAAAGGAAGCCGUGGCCGGGACAGAAAGUGCAGUAAAAUUUGUUUUCGCCAAGGAGGCAGUGACUGAGUCGAGCCAGGACAACGCUAACUUUGACAGGAAAAGUUUAAGGUAUACAAGAUUUAAGAAAAUGCAUGAACAGGAAAAUCAACAGCCGAAGAAGCAACACGAAGAACAGGACCCCAAGCCGCAGGACCGCCAGGAGCAGGCUCACGGUCCAGACAGGGCCAAGUGGCAAGGUGGUGAGAUGGGGGAGAGGAGAGGCCGAGAGGAACAGCUGUUUGAUUCUAUAGAAAUAUUAAAUGAACGAAAAUUUAAUAAACCACCGGGCCAAUUAACAUUGGAACCGGAGCUGGAUAAAGAGCAGGAAAAACAUAAUCGAGACAACAAAAAAGGGAAAGAGAUAGUCAAGAUAGUGAGAGAGGAUGAGGAAGCAAUCGGCGACAUUGAAAACAAUUUUGAUAAUGAUAAAAUACUGGAGGACGAAGGCAUCCAGUUUUCAAUUGACAUUGACGAAUCAUCCCAAAAACCCCCACCAGUACCAACAACUUCCACAAAAAUAACACCCACAGCCGGCAGGGAGACUGGUAAGGACUGUGAAGCCACAAUGUCACCGACCAUAGCAAUGAUUGGUCGCAAAGAAAAGCGUGGAUUUUUCCGCAUGUAUAGGCCAGAUAUCAUGGCUAAAUAUUUUGAAAAGUUCGAGGAGCUUGACAAUGCAAGGGAAAAUGUUAAGACGAGUGCUGAUGACGACGACAUCCUUGGUUCCCCUGUUGGGGAGCUGCACUACUUCGACAACGGUGGUAAGCAUCAGAAGCAACCAGCAGAAAAGGGAUUGAUGAUGGACCCGACUCAGGUCCCAUUACGGGCCAGUUAUUUAAGUAGCUCCUUUGGUCUGCCAGAAAAUGGAAAGCAACAGCAUCCCGAAUCAAGUUUCGCUGACGAUCAGACCUCGGAGCAGCCCCCCCCUCUGGAACCACAGCAGGACAGUCUUGGAAGUCUGGAGUUGAAAAGAAGCCAAUCGGAAACUUAUAUGGAAUCUGCAUUGCAGCCGUUUCAGGAGACGGUUCCGACCACAACCAUAACGCCAACCUCUUCGACACCUUCCUCUGCUUUUGAGCGAUUCAAGGCUUUGCGGCGCAGCCAUCAGAAGACUGGCCACAAGAGCCACAAAAAGCGAUACAAGGAUUACCUAAAACGGCAUCACCAGCCAGAACCAGGAACAGUAAAACAACCACCACCCCCGAGUCUCGCACCCCGUCAUGUCCAGAAGCUGCUCCACGAACAAGUGCGAGAGCGGGAGCGAUCCCUCUCAGCUCCCAUAUUCGCCUUAGGUAUGCGGCCCCGCUCAUCUCUGUCCACUGAUAAACCCUUCUAUGAGGGACGCGUACACUACUACGACCACCCCCGACUCGGCAUGGAGCAAGACCAGGAGCAACAGCAGACCACAGAGAUGGAGCGCCUAAUAGCCCACGACAAUGACAACUGGUACCGUCGUAUAAGUCCCGUUCUCCGCAAUGGCAUCAAAGGUGGCCAGGGCGAGCAGCAUCCGUAUCAGCAAAAGCACCAGCAUUACCAAAGUGUUAAAGGACAUCAUCAACACCAUCAUCAUCAGCACCAGUACCAGCACCACCAUCACAACAACCACAACAACCAAAACAACCAAAACAGGCAAAACCACCACCAGCACUCCUACCAGAAACCGGGUCAACUGCGUCAGAGGCUGAGCAGUCCCUACCAGCGCAAGGCACCAGCAGCGUCAUGGGCAGGUUCGGUGGAAGGUUCUCCGAGCAGUUCCUUGCCUACUCCACCACUGCCACCACCCACCCAGCAGCUAGGACACCAGAUCACCGAACUUGAGCACCUCGAACGCUACUACGCCAAGUGGCCGCAUCUGGCACGGGUCCAGUUCCAGCUGUACGAUGAGCAACGCAAGUCUCAGCAGCAUCCACAGCUGUAUGGCGACUACGAGGAUGACUACGAGACUGCAGCCGAGCUGGAAGAGGCCCAGGAAGAGCAAGGCGAGGAGGCCAACCUGCCGCCGUAUAUCAAGAAGUACAAUCGGCGCAACAAACAGUUGCUCAACCUGCUCGAGGGCACCCUACCACCACCAUCGAACCCCUCCGGUAACUCCGUUUGGAGCGGAUCCGUGUCGAAGGCUGGAACACCUGUCACAACACCGGUGCGUCUGGACGAUGAAUAUUUGAAGCAGAAGCGGCGACGCUACCAUCAGCAGCACCAUUUCGAGGACUUGUUUGCCGAGCAGCGCAACGGCUUCAUUGCCACAGAAUCCCAAGAAACAACCACGAUUACAGCGCCUACAUCAGUCACAGAAGAAACAUCAGCCACGUUAGCAGAGCUUCCCAGCAAUCAACUGCCUGACGACGACGGGUAUGUGCACAUCGAUGGAAAUCGGCAGAAGACGCGUCUAACCGCAUCCGUUGACUUCUGGCAGAAGGAAAUGGCCAACAAAGCACCUCGCCCUCGGCCUUCCUUCACUCCGCAAUCAGCUGUGACUACUCCCAAGCCCGCCCUGUUUAAAUUGCCCUCGUAUCCAGCCAUAGCAAGCAGUUUCCUGGGAGCUCCGAGAAGCCGCAGCCGAAGCACACAGUUCGUGGCCAAUGUGGCGGGUCGUGGACAGAGCAGCAGUCUGCCACACCACGACACCUCCAAUAAAAUAGGCGAUGGAGCCAAGGGCACUGGUGAAGGUGUAGCGGAAGCUGCAGCAUCGCCGCUCAACUCCUUUGCAUAUCACCGCGUCGUCGAUGGAAUCGGCGGCAACUCGGUGCUAUCCAGUGGUGUCGGCACAAGCGGCGCCAACAGUCACAAGCAGUCUCGGCUUCCCUUUGUAGCCAUUACUGAUCGGAGACUUGAGACGAUGGUCAGCAAGAGGACGCUAGCAGAGCGACACAAAGACUUUGAGCAGAAUCAUUUUCCAAUGCCUUAAGCCCCGACCUCAAAGUGAGAGCGUCGGAGUGGUUCAGGUGCGGAGGGAGAGCAAGAAUAAAUAAUGAAGGGCUGAUGAGGGCUGGAAAUGAGAUGGGUAUUGGGUCGAUUAGGAAACACUAGCUUCAAUUUUCUACUGUUUCAAGCACGAUUGAAAUUUGUAAUAUUUAAACUACUUGCAACCACCUAAGUCCGGGUGCAUACCCAUAAUAAAAACUAUUUCAGUGUUUCGUGCUUACUGUAAAGGUUUUCAAUCACAUAUAGAUUUUAAAAAUAUUAAUUUUUAAAGCAGCAUUUUCAAGAUCCAGCCAAGACCGAUUUAGGCAGAUGUAUUUCAGAUUGAAUGAACCGAUUUAAGCCGAUUGAGCAAAAAGGCAUCAUUAAAUAUUUUUCGAGUACGAUUCCACAGCUUUUUCGUGGGUCAAGUCCUCAUAUCCAGCCUUAUUUUCAGCCAUGGGUCGUAACAUAAAUAUAGAACUAUAAUAUUGUAGUCGCCGCUUUCGGAUGGUUUUUUGUGUUUUAUACUCACAAAAUCACGAAUACUCCAUAUUCUUGUACAUGUGUCUGAAAGAGGAGAACCAGAGAAUCAAAGGAUUUAGAAAUAAUUGUCAGAGAACUUUUUGUGGUGGUAGAUAUAUAAAAACAAGAAACCAUAAAUGUUAUAGGAAGGUAAAAAAUGAAAGUAAAAAUUCUACAAAAAUAUGUAACUAUAUGUGAGCAAAGAAUUUUUUUUGUAAAAAUAGGAAAUAUCACCAAAUUCUGUAGACACAUGCACAUACACACACACACACACACACACACACACACACACACUCUAAGAGCUGUUAGAAAUCAAAAAGUGAUAUCCAAAAUUUAAUUUUUUUCAAUGAAAUGAACAAGAAUCUUGAAUAAUUUGGUCGAAAACUCGCCUUUCCACGCACAACACUUACGCAAACAUAUGGCGAACGCUCCCUUCUCCCUACUGCACGCAAACCAUACAAAUAGGUUUCAAAAUUGAACAAAAAACUAAAUUUGCAUUAAAAAUGGUGUUAUACAGAAUUUUAAAGAUACGAGUACAUAUGUAUUUUAUUAUCCAGAGAAAAGAUAAAUUUUAGAAGUCAAUAGCAAGGCGAACGAAACAACACUGAAAACAUAUCACUAAAAGGAAUAGGCAGUUAUUAAUUAUACAUCAAGAUUUUGCUUCGGAUUAAUAAAUCGCUUUGAAAAUAAAUAAAGAUUUUUCAAGAUUUAAGAAAUUCUGGGAGGCGAGCAAUAUCAAGAACGAUUUAGCAGGCUCGUUGUUAAAUAGUUCCUGCAUGGUACUGCCAGCCACCGUUGCCAUCAACGACGCGUAACUUUAAACUCUAACUAGGUUCAAAUAAUCAUCAGUAAUCGUUUUUUAUAACGUGUUCGUGCUAAAAAUGGUUAACAUAAGUAAGAUCCGAUUCCAUCAUCAUCGCUCGAAGCAUUGCAUAACAUUCUUCGACGACAAACCAAACAAGAAAUAACCUUAACCAACUUAAAUAGCGAUAUUGAUUUGCUAAUUUUAUACUUCCUUCCAUUUUCUGAAACCAUUUAAACUGAAAUUGUUGCGAAACGCAUUGACAUUGGUGUAUCUGGUAUUUGUCUACCGUCUCCCAACAAUUUUAGCACCAAAAUCGAUUAUGAAUCGUUGAAUCGGUAUUGAAGCGGUAAAACCAUUGUAUAUUGUAUUUUGAGCAAUACUCGCUUCAGAGUAUUCGCUUCAAUCGGAGUUUUAGUCGAAGAAAUUAUUCUCGACGAAAAAUUAUGUAUUUAUCGGUCUGAAGCAAACAUCUUACCAUCACACCGUUAAGAAAACAAACAAUAAAUAUUCAAACAGAACAAUAACCCGAAAUAAAAUAAAACUAAAAUAUAAGAAAAGAAAAUAUAGUACGUUAUUUCGCGUGGGAAAAAAGUGAAAAUCCAUAAGUAGUGUGAACACAUCCUAAAGACUUAUCCGAGUUACGAGCUUACGCACACACAGAGACAGAAGCAAAGGUUGCGACCAGAAAUAGAAAUUUCAUAGGCAAAUACAUACAAGAGUAGCGAGAAGAAUGCCACGAUUGGGAUAGGCCAGGAGAAGAUGAUUAGACGGGAAGGUCAGGGCGAGGUCAGAGCUCAGAGGUGGGGCUGUGUAGUUAAUUAACAUAUCAAGAGCGAUGCGCGAGCAGUGUAAUGGCCGAAAGGGAAAAGCAAGCAUAAUUAAGAUCACCUGCAAAACUUCACGGCAUAUACAUAAAUAUUCUUUAUGAAUAAUUUUAUGUUAUUUUGCUGUUCUUACAUAGCUUGGGGAAAGGAGGAAGGCCUUAUUGAAAAUAUGCAUACUCGUUAAAUAAGCUAGUUUCCCGUUUUAAGGCAGUUAAGCCCGAAAAACAUCGUCUCGUCUAUGAUAGAAUUUUAUAAAAGGAUAUCAAAAUAGCUCCUGUAAUCUAUUCCAAUACAGGCAGCGAAUAAAAGUGAUUACUUUUAGGCGAAAAGCGUGUUUGAAUAAUGCGUAGUCAAGCCAGACUAUAAUCUCGAUAUGUUUGAGGCUUACUAAAAAUUGAGAAAACGCCUUAAUUUUGGAACUGUUGCCGUUUUUAAUAAAUGCUCUGUUCUUUCAUAUUUUCAUAUUUUAUUGUAGUAAAAAUUAGUUGAAAAGUGAUUUAGAGGAAAGAGAACAAAAAUACCUUAAAAGGUUCAAGUAUCAGAGAAAAAAGCAUAGAAUCAAAAAAACCUCUAGGGCCUCCUUACCCCUUCACCCACAACAUACACAUACACACACACACACACACAUACACAUUAAGUGGUAGCAUUUUAAUGGAAUGAAAUUUAAUAAAGCAAACAUAUAUUAUUUA